AUGCACAGGAGGAUAAUCGCCACGGCUUGCGCCCGCCUUGCACGGCCGCUCCUCCACAAUGCCGCCUCAACCUCUCCCAGGCUAGCAGCAGCCGCAGCAGCAGCAGCAAUAGCAACACCCACCUGGGCCCGGCGCUCCUACGCCUUCCAGGCCGCCGCGCCCCCAUUGCACCAGGUCUUCAACCGCCGCACAAAGUGGCUUCAAAAGGAACGCGCCGCGGCCGACGUCGAGAGCAGCCGCACGGCCGACUAUCUCAAGGACGAGGUCGCCAUCCGGCUGUGCGAGCGCCUCCUCGACAUCAAGCGGACCUACCCCAAGGUCCUCGACCUCGGCGCCAACAGCUGCAACGUUGCGCGCGCCCUCGUCCGGCCCGACCCGGACCCGCGCAUCUCGCACCUCACGGCCGCCGAGUCCUCCGAGACGCUGCUCUACCGCGACGCCGACCUGCCCUUCAACUCGGAGAUCAACAUGACCCGGGAGGUGCUUGCCGACGAGGAGACCCUGCCCUACCCGGCCGACACGUUCGACCUGGUCCUGUCGUCCCUCGCGCUGCACUGGAUCAACGACCUCCCGGGGGUGCUCGCGCAGAUCAACAACAUCCUCAAGCCGGACUGCGCCUUCAUGGGCGCCAUGUUUGGCGGCGACACGCUCUUCGAGCUGCGCACCUCCCUGCAGCUCGCCGAGCAGGAGCGCAGGGGCGGCAUCAGCCCGCACGUGUCCCCGCUCGCCGAUGUCCGCGACGUCGGCGGGCUCUUGGGCAAGGCCGGCUUCAAGAUGCUCACCGUGGACGUGGACGACAUCAUCGUCGACUACCCAGACAUGUUUGCCCUCAUGCAAGAUCUGCAGGCCAUGGGCGAGAGCAGCGCCGUGCUCGGCCGCGAGAUGGGCGCCAUCCAGCGCGACGUGCUGCUCGCCGGGGAGGCCAUCUACCGUGCGCUACACGGCAAUGAGGACGGCAGCCUGCCCGCCACGUUCCGCAUGAUAUACAUGAUUGGAUGGAAGGAAGGGGGUGACCAGGCACAACCAUUGCCCAGGGGCAGCGGGCAGAUCAACCUCAAGGAUGUACUACAAUCUUCAUGA